GGGAGAGGAAUAAGGAAUGGUUAAAGUCUGUGUAUCUUUCUGCAGGGACACAGCAGCAAACACAGAGCUCUGCUUUCUAUUUUGCCCUGUGCUCCCAACCUUGAACUUGCACCUGCUGGGAAGGGUUUACAUUGCAGGAUUGCCAGGCUGCCACUGCAUGCACCUGUGUCACCCCAAAGGGUUAUGUAAUGCUAUAUCCAGAAAAUUAAUGUUGCUGAACUACAACUGCCAGAAUUCUGCCAUGAAUAUGGGACCGGUGGUUAAAUAAGAGCUGGGGGCUACAUGAAUGUACAUGAGGCUGAUGGAAUCCAACCCCCCUCUGCCUGUGAGGAUGGUUGUGAUGGACAGCAGCUUAAUGGUUAAAUAGGUUGAUUUCAGUAGGUGGGCUGCUUCCAUUUCAGAAGGGAAGGGGGUGUAGUGAUUUACUUUUUUUUCCGGGAGGAGCUGGGAAGAAGGCAAAUGAUGAGAAGGAUGUUAUGAUUGGGCUCGUUCUCCGUCUGGGAUUCACUGCAGGCAGAACAAAGCGUCUUUACUGCUCGGCUUCUUCCUGCUUGUCGCCUCCUGCCUGCAGAACAGUGAACAUGUCCAGCUGAUAACAUCAUGCAGGCUGAGGGGAACAAGAGCCACUGACACAUCAGCGAUUGGAUUUAUAUCCCUCCAAAGACUUCAGUAGGUUUCCACAGUACCAGGGCAGAAAUAACAAUUUUCACUUGAGCCACUGCAAGAAAUUAUAAAAUUCACAUAAGAAUACAAUGGAAACAUUGUCCCAGGAUUCUCUUCUGGAAUGCCAAAUUUGCUUUAAUUAUUAUAGCCCUCGAAGAAGGCCAAAGCUACUUGACUGUAAACACACGUGCUGUUCAGUCUGCUUACAACAAAUGAGGGCUAGUCAGAAAGACCUUAGAUGCCCGUGGUGCAGAGGUGUGACUAAACUGCCACCUGGAUAUUCUGUGUCCGAGCUGCCCGAUGACCCAGACGUUGUUGCUGUUAUUGCAAUUCCUCAUGCUUCAGAAAAUACCCCAGUAUUCAUUAAAUUGCCUAGCAAUGGAUGCUACAUGUGGCCUCUGCCUGUAAGCAAAGAAAGGGCAUUGUUACCUGGUGAUAUUGGCUGCCGGCUACUACCUGGGAACCAACAAAAACCAGUCACAGUUGUGACCAUGCCAAUGGAACAACAGCCUUUACAUGGCAACAUUCCACAGGACAUUAUAGAAGAAGAACAUGAAAGAAGAGGGGUUGUUAAAAGCUCUACCUGGUCUGGAGUUUGCACUGUGAUUUUGGUAGCAUGUGUACUAGUCUUCCUUCUUGGGAUUGUUCUCCACAAUAUGUCUUGUAUUUCAAAGCGUUUUACUGUGAUAUCUUGUGGCUGAAUCUUACACUAUGAUUGUGUGCUUGCGCCUUUGUUUCUUUAGAAUAGGGCUAUAUCAAAAUAAACAAAACUGUACACAGCAGCUUUGCAAACUGAUAAAGUGUCAACUAAAACUAAGUUGGAACUUUUUCUUUAAUAAAAGAUUGAGCCCUAUAGGGGAGUCUUGCUCCCCAACAGCGUGGAUAGAUCUAAUGAAGAUUGCAUGUACAGCCAUUAAUCGUCUGCAAAAACAGACUAGCGUGAUGUUUCUGACUGUAGGGUAGUAUAAGACUAUGUCUUCUUCAGCUCAUUGUGCAUCUUAGACCAACGUAAGCCUUUAUUAAGGCUAUUGUCUUUCUCAUACCUACUUAAUUCAGUUAAAAGAUUGCCUAUAAAGAACCAACAGAGAUAUGGUUUUGCACAUAUUGGCAGUUGAUAUAAGAUUAAGCUAUUUUUAAAUGGUGUGUAGAAAUGUGGAAACAUAUGGUUAAAUUAGCCAUUACUUAAACCAACCAUAUGUAUCUGCCUGCAUCUCAGGUCUUCUAAUAUUCACAGAUAUGGCUUUUUGCUAAAAUGGCGUUUAGUGGUGGUACUGUCAGAAUAGUACUACUAUAACUGUACUUUCGCGAUGAUCUUUCUUGUUUCAGGAACAUAUAAUUCUUGUGAGACAGAAUGUCUUAAAAACAAAAUUGUCAUUUCAUAAUGUCAUUUCACGUUUUCAUAACUUGUCUUUGUUGCUGAAAUGUUAUGAUGCACGUUUUACAUACCACAUUUGUGUCCUUUGGUGGAAAAACAGCCAACCAUUUGCAAUAAAGUUGUCACACAUCUGUUGCACGAGGUUCUCCUUUUUUAGUGGAUCAUGCAUUAAAGCAACAUAAACAGGAAGGGCUGAUAUUUAGAACAAUGGGUACUAGCAGAGACUUGCACAUAGGCACUGCAGAAUUUUGUAUUGUAUAAUAUUCAUCAACAUCUGUGUUGUUAAAAAAGUCAUUAGUGGAUGUUUCCAUUUAUUAAACUAAGAAACAUCUGUUACUGUAAAGAUCUAGAUUUCAGGCCUAGUUGGUUCAGCUUUUAUGGCACAGGAUGGACACAAAUGGUCAUUUUGACUGUGAGAUUAUAAUAGGAUAAUGAGAUGUAGAAUUAUCUUCUGAAUUCUGAGAUUUGUAAGAGCUGAUAUUAGCCCUGUUAGCUUUCAAUGAGAUGCUUCCUAAACUAUCAGCUAUGUUUUUUUCUGUCUGUUAUGUUUAAAAGUGUCUUUAUGUUUGCUUUGUAUUUAGGGUUUGAUCAUGUAGUUGUGCUGCAACCCAGAGUUACUCUAUUGUUAAUAUAAAUUACCCUAACACGGACGUAUUAAAGUACAGUGUAUUCCAGUUAGAUGCUUUUUUCUUUUUUGUAAUGUUUAAGGACUAUCUGCAAUUUCUGGAAAAACAAAACAAGAAACAUCAAAGCGAUGCCAGAUACACACGCUUGGAUCUAUUGUAUAGUGAGAUUUUAUCCUCAGAAAAACCCUCUUCUUAUAAAAUGAAAUUCCAGUUCCAAAUGUCUGUGAGGAAAUUCCAGGGACACUGUUGUAGAGAAGUUACGGGAAUUAGAGCAGCAAUGUUAAUAAGAAGAGUAUGAAAUAUAACUGUGUCAAAUAGCAAUCAAGGUUAUAGCUGUAAAUAUAGUUUUAUAUAAGAUCAAAAAUGAUACAAAGGAUUUAAAAAAGGAAGUUGAUUUAGAAUUUAUUCCAAGGUGAAGGGGUAUGUGUCAGAUAAAUUACACAUUUUCUUUAAUAAGGGAAGACUAUGAUCAAAACUUUGUGUCACAAUGCACAGGAAGGAAGAUCGGAGUAAUGUGAACAGCAACCGAAACACUGGUUGUCAUGUUUGGGAUUAUUUUUACAUCCCAUAUUUGUGACUGCACAGGAAUGUUUUUAAGCACAGACAAUAUGCUUUGAAUUAGACUAUUUCAGAUGCUUUGGCUAGAGCAGCACUGCUCUGUGUUAAGAUUAGUACAGCUCUGUAAGGAGAACAAUGUAUUCAUGCAUUUUGCCUUUACACUUCUUUAUUAUGAGCUUUUAUAUUAUGUGUCAAUGUUUUUAAUAAUAUUUUGUAACCAGGACCAGAGAUUGAUUAUAUUGCUAUUGAUAAAUAUUUGACAUGUGACAUUAAAAAAAAGUCCAGUUAGGAGUUUCCAGUUGUAAAAGAUUUCAUAAAGAAUCCAGUAUUAUUACACUUGAAAUGGGACACACUUUAAUAACUGUGCAGUACAUAUUCUAGUAACCAAAUUUGUUUGUCAAGACGUAGGAGCUAAAUGCUUUGAAAUGUAUUUUUUUCCAUUUCUUUUAAUGUUAUCAGUUAGUUUAUAUAAACUUUAAUAUUCAAUGUCA